CCCACAAUUGCAGCAUCAGAAAAGACCAAUUAGAACUGCCAUUGACGGUGGCUAAGCCGAGGAAGUAAAAAAACAGAGAAAAACAGAAAGAAUUUUUUUCUUUUUUUCUUUCUUCCUUUUUUUUUUUUUUUUUUUUUUUGGGAAAACAAAAGCUCUCCAGCGCAAAGACAAUAUACCAAAUCUGCUUCCGCGGCAUAACACAGAGAGAGAGAGAGAGAGAGAGAGAGAGAGAGAUAGAGGGGGGGCUUAAUCUCUUCGGUUGUUGGAAGGGCUUAAGCUUCUUCUCAGUUCUUGAUAAUUUGUUCAUUUCAUUUUUACUUUUUAUUUUUUUGGUUUUUGGAUUUGUUUGAAGGAGGAGGAGUUCGUAAAAAUCGUUGCUUCUAACUUUGGAUGAUCGUUCUUGGAAGAUUUCGAAGUAGAUCCAAAAGCAGCCGUUGUUUCUGAUCCGAUCAAAAAUUCUGUGUGAAAUGGCUGCUAGUGUUAGUUUUGUGGUUGGGUCUCUUGUCUGGGUAGAGGAUCCUGAUGCAGCUUGGCUAGACGGUGAAGUUGUGGCAGUUAAGGGGGAAGAGAUUAAGGUCCUCUGCACUUCGGGGAAAACGGUUGUUGUUAAAGCUUCAAAUGUUUAUCCCAAAGAUGCGGAAGCCCCACCCUGUGGAGUGGAUGAUAUGACGAAGCUGGCUUAUUUGCAUGAACCAGGAGUUCUAGAUAACUUAAGAUCAAGAUAUGAUAUCAAUGAAAUAUAUACUUAUACAGGGAAUAUUUUGAUUGCUGUGAACCCUUUUACGAGACUACCCCACCUCUAUGAUAGCCAUAUGAUGCAACAAUAUAAAGGGGCAGCCUUUGGUGAGCUGAGUCCACAUCCUUUUGCCGUUGCAGAUGCUGCGUAUAGACUCAUGAUGAAUGAGGGAAUUAGUCAGUCAAUAUUGGUUAGUGGUGAAAGUGGGGCAGGUAAAACAGAAAGCACAAAAUUGCUUAUGCGCUAUCUUGCAUACAUGGGAGGGAGAGCUGCUGCUGAGGGGAGGACUGUUGAGCAGCAAGUCCUGGAGUCUAACCCUGUUCUUGAAGCAUUUGGCAAUGCAAAGACUGUUAGAAAUAAUAAUUCAAGUCGUUUUGGUAAAUUCGUGGAAAUACAAUUUGAUCGGGGGGGCAGAAUCUCGGGAGCUGCCAUAAGGACUUAUUUGCUUGAAAGAUCACGUGUUUGUCAGGUUUCUGAUCCCGAGAGAAACUAUCACUGUUUCUACAUGCUUUGUUCUGCACCACAAGAGGAUGUUCAGAAGUACAAAUUGGGACCGCCUAGUACAUUUCAUUAUUUGAACCAAUCAAAUUGCUAUAAGUUGGAUGGUGUUGAUGACACUAAAGAAUACAUUGAAACAAGAAGAGCAAUGGAUAUCGUUGGAAUUAGUUCUGCUGAGCAGGAUGCAAUAUUUCAAGUCGUGGCUGCAAUUCUGCAUCUUGGUAACAUCGAAUUUUCAAAAGGGAAGGAAAUAGACUCAUCUGUGCCAAAAGAUGAAAAAUCUUGGUUCCACUUGAGAACUGCUGCUGAGCUGCUCAUGUGUGAUGCGAAGGCACUAGAAGAUUCUCUUUGUAAACGUGUUAUCGUCACUCGAGAUGAAACAAUUACAAAGUGGCUGGAUCCAGAUUCUGCAGUUGUAAGUAGAGAUGCAUUGGCUAAAGUUGUGUACUCGAGGUUGUUUGACUGGCUUGUUGAAAAGAUUAAUAGUUCAAUUGGUCAAGACCCUGAUUCGAAGUUCCUGAUUGGUGUUCUGGAUAUUUAUGGGUUUGAGAGUUUCAAGACAAACAGCUUUGAGCAAUUUUGCAUCAAUUUGACGAAUGAGAAACUACAGCAACAUUUUAAUCAGCACGUUUUCAAAAUGGAGCAAGAGGAGUAUUCAAAGGAAGAAAUUGAUUGGAGUUACAUUGAAUUUGUUGAUAAUCAAGAUAUCCUAGACCUCAUUGAAAAGAAACCUGGUGGCAUAAUUGCUCUUCUGGAUGAAGCUUGUAUGUUUCCAAGAUCAACACAUGAAACAUUUGCCCAAAAGCUGUACCAGACAUUCAAAAAUCACAAGCGCUUUAGCAAACCAAAAUUGUCACGUACUGACUUCACAAUUGUACAUUAUGCUGGUGAUGUCACUUAUCAAACUGACUUGUUCUUGGACAAGAACAAAGACUAUGUGAUUGCUGAGCAUCAAGCACUCUUAGGUGCUUCCAAAUGCUCCUUUGUGUCAGGAUUAUUUCCUCCUUCAGCUGAGGAUUCAUCAAAAACAUCAAAGUUCUCUUCAAUAGGUUCUCGUUUUAAGCAACAACUGCAACAAUUGCUUGAAACUCUAAGUGCUACAGAGCCACAUUACAUUCGCUGCGUGAAACCUAAUAACCUUCUUAAACCAGCAAUCUUCGAGAACAAAAAUGUUCUGCAGCAAUUACGAUGUGGGGGUGUCAUGGAAGCAAUCAGGAUAAGUUGUGCUGGAUAUCCUACAAGAAAAACUUUCGAUGAAUUUGUUGAUCGAUUUGGUCUUCUUGCACCUGAAGUUUUGGAUGGGAGCUCUGAUGAAGUGGCAGCAUGCAAGAGUCUUCUAGAGAAGGUGGGACUUGAAGGCUAUCAGAUUGGCAAAACAAAGGUUUUUCUUAGGGCUGGCCAAAUGGCAGAGCUGGAUACACGUAGAAGUGAAGUUUUAGGAAAGUCAGCUAGUAUUAUUCAGAGGAAAAUUCGGUCUUACUUGGCUCGGAAAAGUUUUGUCUUGCUGCGUCGGUCUGCAAUUCAGAUUCAAUCUGCUUGUAGAGGACAACUUGCACGGCAAGUUUAUGAGGGCAUGCGCAGAGAAGCUUCCUCACUGAUGAUCCAGAGAGAUUGGCGCAUGUAUACUGCUAGAAAAGCCUACAGGGAAAUACAUUGCUCAGCCGUUUCCGUUCAGACAGGUAUGCGUGGUAUGGCUGCUCGCAAUGAGUUACGCUUCAGGAGGCAAACUCGAGCAGCAAUUAUCAUCCAGAGCCAAUGUCGCAGAUACUUGGCACGACUGCACUAUGUGGAGAUAAAGAAAGCAGCAAUUACCACACAGUGUGCAUGGAGAGGAAGAGUUGCUCGUAAAGAAUUGCGGAAGCUUAAGAUGGCUGCUAAGGAAACUGGAGCUCUUCAAGCUGCGAAAAAUAAAUUGGAAAAACAAGUAGAAGAAUUGACAUGGAGAUUACAAUUGGAGAAACGCAUGAGGUCUGACUUGGAAGAAGCUAAGACACAAGAAAAUGAAAAGCUACAGUCUGCUUUGCAAGAGAUGCAGAUUCAGUUUAAAGAAACCAAGGCACUGCUUGAGAAGGGGCGUGAGGAUGCAAGAAGAGCAGCAGAAAAAGUCCCCAUUAUACAGGAGAUUCCAGUUAUUGACCAUGAAAUGUUGGAAAAACUAAACAGUGAAAACGAGAAACUCAAGGUUAUGGUGAGUUCACUGGAAAAGAAAAUUGAUGAAACAGAGAAAAAGUAUGAAGAGGCUAACAAAAUUAGUGAAGAAAGGUUGAAGCAAGCUUUGGAUGCUGAAUCAAAAAUCAUUCAGUUAAAGACUGCCAUGCAAAGGCUUGAAGAAAAAUUUUCUGACAUUGAAUCUGAAAACCAAAUUCUUCGGCAUCAAUCAUUAAACACACCUGUUAAAAAUACAUCAGGGCAUCCACCAACUCAUCCGCCAACUCCUGUAACUCCGAGUAUGGAAAAUGGUCAUCACAUGAUUGACGAGAACAGGGCCAAUAAUCUGCAGGAACCACAAAGUACCACACCAGUCAAGAAGUUUGGCACUGAAUCUGAUAGCAAGUUGCGGAGAUCCCUCAUUGAACGUCAACAUGAGAAUGUUGAUGCUCUUAUCAACUGUGUUGUGAAAAACAUAGGAUUUAGCCAAGGAAAGCCUGUUGCGGCCUUUACCAUAUACAAAUGUCUUCUUCAUUGGAAAUCUUUUGAGGCUGAAAGAACUAGUGUUUUUGAUCGUCUCAUUCAGAUGAUUGGUUCUGAAAUUGAGAAUCAAGAUAACUUUGAUCACAUGGCUUAUUGGUUAUCAAACACAUCUGCAUUAUUGUUCUUACUUCAACGAAGUUUGAAGGGUGCUGCUGCCACUGGUGCAACUCAACAUCGGAAACCACCCCAGCCAACAUCUCUCUUUGGGAGGAUGACUAUGGGUUUUCGAUCAUCCCCUUCAUCUGCAAACCUUCCUGCACCUGCAUUUGAGGUCGUUCGCCAAGUAGAGGCCAAGUACCCAGCAUUGCUUUUCAAGCAGCAGUUGACAGCUUACGUGGAAAAAAUAUACGGAAUCAUUCGAGAUAACUUGAAGAAGGAGUUGUCAUCAUUGCUUUCAUUAUGUAUCCAGGCACCAAGAACCUCCAAAGGAGUACUAAGAUCUGGGCGCUCGUUUGGGAAGGAUUCUCCUACCAGUCACUGGCAGACCAUUAUUGAAAACCUUAGCACUGUCCUUAGCACAUUGAAAGAAAAUUUUGUGCCUCCUAUUCUUGUCCAGAAGAUCUUCACCCAGACUUUCUCAUAUAUUAAUGUGCAGCUCUUCAAUAGUCUUCUUCUACGGCGUGAAUGUUGUACAUUCAGCAAUGGAGAGUAUGUGAAAGCUGGACUAGCUGAGUUGGAACUCUGGUGCUGCCAGGCAAAAGAAGAGUAUGCAGGUUCUUCUUGGGAUGAACUAAAGCAUAUAAGGCAGGCUGUUGGCUUCUUGGUUAUACAUCAGAAGUAUAGAAUUUCGUAUGAUGAAAUCACCAAUGAUCUGUGCCCUAUCCUUAGUGUUCAGCAACUGUAUAGAAUAUGCACUCUGUACUGGGAUGACAACUAUAAUACACGAAGUGUAUCUGGAGAUGUCAUUUCUGGUAUGAGAGUACUCAUGACAGAGGACUCCAACAAUGCUGUUAGCAAUUCCUUUUUGUUGGAUGACAAUUCUAGCAUUCCCUUCUCGGUGGAUGACCUGUCCACUGCAAUGCAAGAGAAGGAAUUCUCAGAUGUCAAACCAGCAGAUGAACUCAUUGAGCAUCCAGCCUUCCAAUUUUUACAAGACUAAGGCUGUAAGCUCUAUUAUGCUUUUCUUGUGUUUUGUCAAAGAUAGACGGUAAUUCUUUAGUAAUUGCAUUGGUUAUUGUAAAUCUUUUUUUCCCUUUUCCUCUAUUUUAUCCUGUACCUAUGCCCCUGCUGUAAAAUUAUUUAUUAAUUCUUUCGUUUUUGGAAAAUCCAAGGGGCAGCAGUAUAUCUCGAGUGUGUAUUCUUUUUUUCUUUUAAUGUGUUUUUGUUAUGCCAUUUUGAGCAGCAAAUUUUAGGGAGGUAGGAAGACUAUUGUUUCGUUGUUUGGUGGCUGAGGUAUUGCACUCGCCAGUCAAUUUUUGUUGUACAAAAGUAAACAAUAUAUGUAAGCAAGAAAAACAAUAUUUUUGAGAAAUUUUUGGUCAUAUGCAAUCAUAUUUGAUUUUGAUGGUUCGUUUACAA